CUCAUCGCUGCAAAUAAAUUGGGUCGACUUGUACCGCCGGUUAAUUUGCAGUAUCCCGGUUGCCCACCUUUCAUGGUCCAUCACCGGUUGCAGCGUCCUGCCAUGGAGCAUUUAGCCUGCUUCCUCCUCUUCCUAACAUCCUUCACCACGGUCAGUAUUGGACAGGACCAGUUCAUCUACAACGGCUUCUCCGGCAGCAACCUUAUCCUUGAUGGCACAGCCAUGGUAACACCAAACGGAAUCCUUGAGCUUACCAAUGGCGCAAGUACCUACGAAACAAGCUACGCCCUCUACCCGACUCCAUGGCAAUUUCUGAAGGUACCAUUACAGUCCUUCUCAGUCAACUUUGUGCUCUUCAUGGCUCCUUCUAUUAGAUGUCCCGACAGCAUGGCUUUCAUGAUAUUUCCGAGCAAGGGCCUCAAGAAUGAUCAGAGGGAGAGCAAUCUUGCAGUUAAUUUUUUAAGUUGCCAAGACAAAAGGUUUCUGGAGAACAACGAGAACGACAUCAGCAUUUCUAUCAACAGUAGUUUCAGCAGACCGCUAGAGACCCAUCCUGCUGGCUUCUAUGAUGACAAGAACGGCAUUUUCAAUGACUUGCCCCUUGUUGGCGGCAAGGCAGUGCAAAUAUGGGUGGACUAUGAUGGAGAGGCCACACAGAUGAAUGUGACCAUAGCUCCUCUCAAGCUAACCAAACCUUUGAGACCAACGCUGUCAGCAAUCCUCAACAUCUCAACAAUUUUAGAUGAAGGUGUAUCAUAUAUUGGCUUCUCUUCCGGUGCUAAUAAUGUCGGUGCAUUGAAUUAUGUUCUUGGCUGGAGCUUUGGAAUGAACAGUCCUGCUCCGACAAUAGAUAUCAUCAAGUUACCAAAGUUACCUCGAUUUGGCCCAAAAGUCCGGUCUAAAACUUUGAAGAUAGUCCUACCGAUAGUCAUCACCACAGUCAUCCUACUUGUGGGAGCAGCAGUCACAGCAUUAGUGUGGAGGCGAAAGAGGUAUGCUGAACUAUAUGAAGAUUGGGAGGUUGAAUUUGGGCCAUAUCGCUUCUCGUACAAAUAUUUAUUUGAUGCAACUGAAGGAUUUAACAAUGAGAAAAUUCUAGGUGUUGGAGGAUUUGGGAAGGUGUAUAAAGGUGUGCUUCCAGACUCUAAAUUGGAGGUUGCUAUCAAGAGGGUGUCUCAUGAAUCGAAGCAAGGAAUAAAGGAGUUUAUCGCUGAAAUUGUUAGUAUCGGCCGCAUCCGACACCGCAAUCUUGUUCAAUUACUUGGCUAUUGCAGAAGAAAAGAUGAACUCUUAUUGGUCUAUGACUAUAUGCCAAAUGGAAGCCUAGACAAGUAUUUACACUGUAAAGAGGGCAAGUACACGCUAGAUUGGGCCAAAAGAUUUCAAAUCAUUAGAGGUGUUGCAUCUGGAUUAUUCUAUCUCCAUGAGAAGUGGGAGAAAGUUGUCAUCCACCGAGAUAUCAAAGCAAGCAAUGUGCUUCUUGAUGCUGAAAUGAACGGUCAUCUAGGAGACUUUGGCCUUGCAAGACUAUAUGAGCAUGGCAAUGACCCACAAACAACACAUGUGGCUGGUACCUUUGGAUAUAUAGCACCAGAGAUGGCGCGCACCGGUAAGGCAUCCCCUCUAACAGACGUAUAUGCAUUUGCCAUUUUUGUUCUUGAGGUAACAUGUGGGCGAAGACCUAUUAACAAUUACACGCAUGAUAGCCCGACAAUAUUAGUUGAUUGGGUUGUUGAGCAUUGGCAAAAAGGAUCACUGACAAGCACACUGGACGUCAGAUUACAAGGAGACCACAAUGCAGAUGAGGUCAAUCUUGUUUUAAAGCUAGGGCUGUUGUGUGCAAAUCCAAUUUGUACCAGAAGGCCCGGUAUGCGUCAAGUCAUGCAAUACCUCGACAAUGAGAUGCCACUUCCUCGGUUGAUGCCCACAAACUUGAGUUAUAGCAUGUUGGGAUAUUUGCAAAACGACGGUUUCGACCAGUACAAAUCUGUGCCAUCUACAGUUUGCAGCAACAACCUGACAUCGAGCCUCACGAGUGGAAGAUGAUACAAAUGGAUGGGAUUCCCAGUAGUGAUUGUCUACUUGUAUGAACAUAUUGUAGCUUUAUUGUAAGCUGGUGUUCCCAGCCUUGUAGUAAUGUUGCUUUCUUAACAAAAUCAGGACCCAGAAGGUUUUUUUCAAAUUUGUGGAUGCUCACUGUAAAUUAUUUAUUAUUCUAUGAAACGGGGAAGGAAAAGUAAAUAUUAGCUAACCAAAAAACGAAAUCAACAUCCUUGUUCACUCCAUAUUUCUGUUCUUGUGCUGUUUUAGUUGUCUUGAAGUUUCCUUUCAUGCAUAUUACUUGGCCAGUUCAACCAAAAUUAUGUUAAAUCUGUUACUGUGGCUGAACUGAUUUUAGUCGAACGUGGGAUGGCCACGUUUGCAUGUAAUUUCCCCUAGUUUUGGGUAUGAAUAGAAGGAGAAGAGAAUCCCGGAAAAGCUGCAGCGAGAUCGCCGAA